AGUGCCUUACUGUUCUUGGUCUUCUCCUUGUGACGUCACAAAUAAAAUGUCAACUGCCAGCUCACCACCCGGUCGGCUUCAUGCAGACGCCGGGUAACUGGCCCAGUCCUCACGGCCAGCCCAGAAACCCGCCCUGGCAGUUCUCAGCUCCGAGGAAAAGAUCCCCCGAUUCAAUGCAAAUCACUUACUACAAUGCCCCUCAACACAACCAACCGUUCUCCUACAAUCAACCCUUCAUCCACUCAGGAUUGCCGAAUUACCAAUCCAUGCCCCACUACGACAGCAGAUCGUCCUUCGACCUCGUUCAUUCAGAAACAAGAGACAGUCCUAACGAUGGAAGGCUGCUUUCUGACUCAGCCUUCACGAAGAUAUCCGAGACACUCGGAGCCAUAAACACAGUGGGGCACCUCCUCGUGGACAUGGUCAACGAGAACGAAAGAAACGAAUCAGACCCGAACCUGCAGCAACUGCCGCAAGCUCUGUACACAAUCAGCAAAAACGUACUCGGCAGAAACGUCACUGACAAAAUAGCUCCUAUAGUCAAAAAAGCGUUGCCCAAGGUCCUUCCUGAUGCACCAAUCACGAAGAUAGCGACCGGUGGUGACCCAGAAGAUGCCAAGGCUUGCACCACUCCCGAAGGAGAAGAAGGAAUUUGCGAAGACCUGAGCAACUGUCCACAGUUGUUGCUGAAUCUAGUCAACCUAAGAGAGUCUCUUUGCUUCAAAGAUUUGUUUGUGCCUGGAGUGUGCUGUCCGAAGAACGCUAUUGUGCUGUCAACGCCAGCUGAGGAGAAGCCAGUGAUAACGACGACGACUAAGCCGACGUAUUUAGUUCCUGUGACUUCUCAGAAGCCUGUUCAGAAGCCGGCGACGACGAAGAAGCCAUCAGCGAUCUUGGUACUGACUACGAAGCGACCGAAGCCGGCGGUGACGUCGUCCAGGCCUGUGACCACACCACCCACCACCACGUCGCGCCCCACACAAACCUCCACAUUCUUUACCGUCCCUCCACCAAUCAUCGGGAAUUACUCUAACAUCGUUGAUGUGAACGAGUGUGGUCAAAGAGAAGACGAGGGUGGGCGCAUUGUCGGAGGUACGGAAGCGGCGCCCGGCGCGUGGCCGUGGAUGGCUGCCAUCUACCUGCACGGCAGCAAGCGCCGCGAGUUCUGGUGCGGGGGCACGCUGGUCGGCCGCCGGCACGUGCUCACCGCCGCUCACUGCACCAGGGACUCCAAGCAGAGACCGUUCCCAGCCCGUCAGUUCAGCGUCCGUCUUGGCGACGUGGACCUAGCCCGAGACGACGAGCCCUCCCGCCCCGUCACACUGCGGGUGACAGCAGUCCGCGCUCACGACCAGUUCUCACGCGUGGGCUUCUACAAUGACAUCGCUAUUCUGGUUCUCGCUGAGAACGUCCAGAAAUCUAAGUACGUGAUCCCCAUUUGCCUGCCAAGUGGCGAGCUGGCACGGCAGCAGUUUGACGGGGCCGUGGCAACUGUCGUGGGUUGGGGAACAACCAGAUAUGGCGGCGGCGAGAGCUCACGGCAGCUGGAAGCCAAGCUGCCAGUAUGGAGGAACGAAGACUGCGACCGCGCCUACUUCCAGCCCAUCACCGAUACCUUCCUGUGCGCCGGGUACGCACGCGGUGGCGUCGACGCUUGUCAGGGUGACAGUGGAGGACCUCUCAUGCUACAAGCGAACGGGCGCUGGACACAGAUUGGCGUCGUAUCCUUCGGCAACAAAUGUGGGGAGCCCGGAUACCCUGGGGUCUACACCCGCGUCACGCAUUAUCUUACGUGGCUCCAACAAAACAUGGUCUAAAAUAAUCGAAUCGAACUGGCCAGAAAAAUACUUUAAAAAGAACACGAAUUUAUAAAAUAAUCUGCAGAGGCUAUAGAAAAAUGACUUUGAAUAUUUAAUCAAAACUUUUUGCGGAAUAAUAAAUACCGACGCUAACUAGGUAAAUUAAAAACAUAUUUUUUCCUUAGAAACCAGUGAUAUUGCUAUACCAGGCUAUACCAUAAGUUUUCUGUGAAAUGAAGUAGGUAUAAAAGUAAGUCUGAUAUUUACUUAAAAUUAUAUGUCUGAGUUUACAAGGUACCUACUUAUAAAAAUAAGACAAUACAAUUAUUUUAAUAAUUUUGGCAAAACAUAUUUUUUAUCCAAAGAAAAACAGGCCCGUUAUGGUUAACAUAACAAUAAGUUAAGUUAAUAAUUUUCCAGUUACCAAAAUAAAUCGUAUCAAUAAUAAAAAUAGACUUAUCUAAUAAACUAGUAUUAAGAUUGACUGCCAUAAUAUAUUCAUUUUAAAAUUGUAACAAAUUCAUAAUUUGUGGCAUUAAAUGACUUACCUAUUCUAUGGUAUAUAAGCAUGAUAUUAUUUAAUUGCUUAUUUAUUAACUCACGCUC